GACAUGAUGCUCAAUAGUGUUCAGAAAUGUUGGUGAGGUUGAUUGUCCUGUUUGUUCUGGCCACUGGGUCGUCCCACGUCGAUGCGGUCAGCAAAGACACCAACAAAUGGUGGACUGAUGGAUUUAUUUAUCAGAUCUACCCGAGGAGCUUCAAGGACAGCAAUGGAGAUGGAAUCGGUGAUCUGAAUGGUAUAACCAGUAAGCUUGAACAUUUGGCCGAUUUGAACGUGAGUGCACUCUGGAUUUCCCCAAUCUAUGCCAGUCCAAUGGCAGAUUUUGGCUACGACAUAGCAAACUUCACGGACAUUGAUCCGAUAUUUGGAAAUAUAAACGAUUUCACCAAACUCACAGCCAAAGCAAAAUCUCUCGGGCUCAAAGUACUCUUGGACUUUGUACCAAAUCACAGUUCCAAUGAGCAUCCAUGGUUCAAAAAAAGUAUUCAAAAGGUCAAACCCUACGACGAGUAUUAUGUUUGGCGCGAUGCUAAAAUCGUUAAUGGUACGAGGCAGCCACCGAACAACUGGUUGAGUAGAUUUGGCAAGUCCGCUUGGGAAUGGAAUGCGCAGAGGGGUCAAUAUUACCUUCAUCAGUUCGUUAUUGGCCAGCCGGACUUGAACUAUCGUAGCAAAGCACUAGACCUUGAAAUGAAGAACGCCUUGACAUUCUGGUUGGAUCGUGGAGUUGAUGGUUUUCGAGUUGAUGCGAUAAAUUUCAUGUUCGAGGACUCAAGAUUUUUGGACGAACCGCCAGCGGUAGGUGGUCCAAGUGUUCCAUCCGAUGAGUGGGAGUUUUUGAAUCAUUUGUACACGCAAGAUCAAAAUGAAACUUACGACGUCGUUCAGUCGUGGCGUGCACUUUUGGAUGCUCAUGCUAAUAGAACGAAAACAGGAGCGAAGAUCCUCUUAACCGAAGGCUAUACCGCCUUGCCAUUAGUCAUGAAGUACUAUUUGUACGGUGUCGAUGCACCCAUGAACUUCAUGUUCAUGUCCGAUUUGACCAAUGAUUCCCGAGCUGUUGAUUUCAAACGCAACAUUGAUGCCUGGAUGAACGGUAUGCCCGAGGGUUCUCUGGCCAAUUGGGUUGUGGGAAAUCACGAUAAUCAUCGGGCGGCGUCGAGAUUUGGCACCAAACGGGCAGACCAACUUUCUAUGCUCGCUGCUGUUUUGCCUGGCAUCGGAAUUAUCUACAAUGGCGAUGAAAUUGGCAUGGAAGACAUGUGGCUGUCGUGGAACGAUACGGUCGAUCCGGCUGGCUGUAACGCUGGACCAAGCAGAUAUGACUUGAAGUCCCGAGAUCCAGAAAGGACUCCCUAUCAAUGGGACACGACGAUGAGCGCUGGCUUUUCUUCGAGCAACAAAACUUGGCUUCCGGUCAACCCUAACUACAAAACCCUUAACUUGGAAACGCAGAAAAAAUCAAGCGUUUCCCACUACUCCAUUUUCAAGGAACUCGUCGCAUUGAAAAAACGGCCCAUUUUGAGGGAUGGUACCACUGAAGUCAUUCUCGUCACCGAAAAUGUUUUAGGCGUUGUUCGAAGACUACCCAACAGUGUACCUCUUGCGUUACUCAUUAACUUUUCUGAAUCAACAGUGAAGGUUGAUGCCAGUGCUUGGUUGAAUAUUCCGAAACAGAUGGUGGCCCAUAUCACCAGUUUAGAUUCGAAAAUACCGGCUCAUUCGACCAUAGACACUUCAGCAUUUAAUUUGCCUGGAGCUGCUUCUGUAAUUCUGUAUUAGAAAGAUUUUAUGAACAAGCAAAUGUACUUGAAUAUAAAAAAUAAAGUGUGUUACUAGCGAAAAUGGA